AACCUGCGCAAAAUGGAGCUCGCGAUGUGCGGACCGCUGUUCUUUAGGGCACGAGAGAUUGAAAACGAGCUACAAAAAGGCUUUGAAAAACCCUUCAAGGAGUUGACCAAAAUGAACACUGGCGACGCUCACGCGAUGGGUCAGCAGCCUAUCACGUUCCUGCGGCAAGUGCUCACCCUGACAGUUUCGCCGAAUCUGCUCAACGAUCCGAGUUACCCGCAGGAUGCAAAGGAUCGCGCCCGGAUGAUCCUGAAAAAUUGCAAUGGCGGCAGUGUGGGCUCGUACUCGGAGUCGGCCGGCAUCGAAUGUAUUCGCAAGCAUGUUGCACAGUACAUUCAGGAACGCGAUGGCGGUAUCCCUUGCGAUUACCACAACAUUAUUCUCUGGAACGGCGCUUCUAUCGGUAUCAAAUCAUUCCUGAAUCUAUUCAACGAAAGGCUCGACGACAAACCAUCCGGCGUGCUGAUCCCAUUUCCGCAAUAUCCUCUAUACUCGGCGACCCUGACGGAGUUUGGACUCGCUCAAAUCGGGUACUAUCUGGAUGAGGAUAACAAGUGGUCGCUAGAAAUCAGCGAGCUGGAACUAGCAUUAAGAGAAGUCAAGGAUACGUGUAAUCCUCACGUGUUGGUGGUGAUCAAUCCCGGUAAUCCAACCGGCCAAGUAUUGACUCGCAAGAACAUCGAAAAUGUCAUCCGCUUCGCCUAUAAACAUCACCUGUUCUUGCUGGCCGACGAGGUUUAUCAGGACAACAUAUACGACAAAGACAGCGCAUUCCAUUCCUUCAAGAAAGUCAUGACAGAGAUGGGCGAGCCAUAUUUGAAAAUUGAACUGGCAUCAUUUAUGUCCAUUUCGAAAGGAUAUGUGGGUGAGUGCGGGAUCCGUGGCGGUUACGCCGAAAUUAUCAACAUGGACCCAGAAAUAAUGAAAAUGCUAUUGAAGUCGAUCUCUGCGAUGCUGUGUCCUACCGUGCUCGGUCAGGUCGUGACGGAUAUUGUGGUGAAUCCGCCGCGACCGAAUGAGCCAUCUUAUGAGCAAUUCCAGAAAGAGAAGACGGAAAUUCUACGCUCUCUAGCAGAGAGAUCACAGCUCGUUGUCGACACACUAAGUAUUCCUGGAUAUAAAGCGAAUCCGGCGAUGGGUGCGAUGUACGCGUUUCCACGCUUCGAACUGCUCAAAAGCAUUGAGACGGCGCGAGCGAAAGGCCAGGAACCAGACGCCUUCUACGCGUUCGAGCUAUUGGAGAACACUGGGAUUUUAGUGAUCCCAGGCUCGUGCUUCGGCCAGAUACCUGGUACAAAUCAUUUCCGCACUACAAUACUGCCGCAAAAGAAGAAAAUCGAAACAAUGCUCGAAACGCUGAAGCUAUUCCACAUCAAAUUUCUUGAGAAAUACAAUUAAAUAAUACAUUUCAAUAGUUGAGAGAAAAUUGACAAAUUAUGGAGAAUAGGAAUUACACCCAUAAUGAGAAAUGACUUCCUACGACUGUGCAUAUCCAAGUGAGAGUUCAGUUUUUGAACAUUUAA